AUGUCUUUACAUUUUAAAAAAAAGAAUGGUAAAGAAAGACAAGACACAAUUUCACAAAGUACACCUCAGACAUUUGAAGAUGCUGAAUACAACAAAGUCCUUGAAGGAAUUAAACGAAUCUAUAAACAUAAAAUAAAACCUUUAGAAGUUACAUAUAAUUUUGAAGGUUUUCAUUCAGCUCCUUUAACUGACUCAGAUAUUGAGGCAAAACCAAUCGUGCUUCUUAUUGGUCAAUAUUCUACAGGUAAAACAACUUUUAUUCGUUUCUUAUUAGAUAAAGCCUAUCCUGGUGAACAUAUCGGUGUUGAACCAACAACAGAUCGAUUUGUUUCGGUCAUGUAUGGAGCAGAGGAACGUGUUAUUCCAGGAAAUGCUGCUGCUGUCAAUCAAGACUUACCCUUUCAAGGUCUUAAUCGAUUUGGUCAAGCCUUCUUAUCACGAUUUCAGGUCUCUCAAACAAACUCAAAUGUAUUAGAAAAUAUGACGAUUAUUGACACACCAGGAAUUUUAGCAGGGGAUAAACAGUUGGUUGAGCGAGGAUAUGAUUUUACAAAAGUGAUUGAAUGGUUCGCAGAGAGAUCAGAUUUGAUUCUUUUAAUGUUUGAUUCGCACAAGCUAGAUAUCUCAAAUGAAUUCAAGUUAGCCAUCCAUUGUCUUAGAGGACAAGAAGAAAAAGUCCGGGUGGUGCUUAAUAAGAGUGACAUGGUAAGUCAACAACAACUCAUGCGUGUUUAUGGUGCGAUGAUGUGGUCCCUUGGUAAAGUCGUGCAGACACCUGAAGUGAUGCGUGUCUAUUUAAGUUCCUUUUGGACUGAGAAACCCCCCAACUGUUUUGAGGAUUGUCGUGACCUCAUUGAGGCGGAAUCAAAAGAUUUGUUGAAGGAUUUAAGAGAACUUAAAAGAAAUGCUGCGAUCAGAAAGAUCAAUGAGAUUGUAAAACGUGCUCGUUUAGCACGUGUGCAUGCCCUCAUCAUAAGCCAUUUUAAGAAAGAAAUGCCUGCAAUGUUUGGUAAGAAAAAGAAACAAGAAGCACUUUUAAAGAAUAUUGAAGCUGAAUUUGGCAAGAUUCAACAAAAAUACCAUUUACCAUCAGGAGAUUUUCCUAAUCCAGAUCGGUUUAGACAAAGUUUAGCCCUUUAUGAUAUGGACAAAUUCAAAUCAUUGAAAGAUGACUUGCUGGAAAAAGUAGAUGAGGCUUUAUCUAAUGAUCUUCCUAAACUCAUGUCACAAUUUCCAACUAUAAAUCCAGAGUUAACUCAGAGUGAAAGAAAUCCGUUCCAAGCAGAGAUGAUACCUGGAACAGGCGAAUUCCCACCUUCUUACUGGGACUUUGAUUCUAUCGAUAAAAAUGUUUAUUUACCUCGAUUUCAAUCCUUAGGUCCUCGUCAUGGUAAAGUAGCUGGUGCUGAUGUGAAGCCUGUGUUGAUGGAAAGUCGAUUGCCCAACGAUCAACUAGCACAUAUCUGGCGACUAGCUGAUUUUGAUAACGAUGGGUACAUGGAUAUUGAUGAAUUUUCUAUUGCCAUGCAUUUGAUACAAGCAGCUCGAAAUGGGGCCACUCAGUUACCUGAAAGAUUACCUCCUACUUUAAUGCCAAAAAGGAAGUUUUGA